CUGUUCACCCGUAUCAACACAUGCAGACACAUGUGUGACUCUUGUUUACGUCCUGGUACUGAAAGCCCUGAAAGCAACAAUUUCCCAGCACAUAAAACAAUAAAAUAGGCAAUAACACUGGCAAUGCAGAAUAUAGAUGUGAGUAUUUCAGUGCCGUUCCCAACUCCCAGAGAUGCGGAAGUUGUUUACGAAGUGUUAAAUGUUGACAGUGAGCCGAGAAGGAGUGGAGUUCGAAGGGUGCUGGAUAUUGAUGGCAACGUUUUAAAUGUACAAUUUACUGGGGAAGAGGCACGAAAAGUCAGAGUAGCUCUAACGUCUUUCUUCGACAAUCUGACCCUGGUAACUCAAACAUUGAUGGAAUUUGGACCUCCCGAGGCUCUUUACAGUCACUACGACUGACAAAGGAUAUCUGU